AUGGGUGAUACACAAAGUCGGCGGCAGGCGUACCAGGUCGAGCGCGAGGAGCAAAGGGCGAGUAGGAGUAGGUACCCGGAGCUACAAUUGAUGGCCUCACCGCUAGUGUCAACCGCGGGAUCCAUGGGACCGACGGUGUCCCCCAUGGUAUCGCCGGGGUACACCGAGGCGGAAAGUGACCUAGAAUUGCGCGAGGAGCCCCGGACCAGCAGGCGCGAGGAGCCCCGGACCAGCAGGCACGAAGAGCCCCGCACCGACAAGCGCGAGAAGCCCCACCCCAGUAAGCGCGAGGAGCGGCCUGAGGGAGGAAGGAGGGGGCGCACGGAGACGCGGAAGGAGGAGCCCAGUGAGCGGGCCUCGAAGCGGGCGUCCACGCGUUCGACGCGUACGGCCAAGGAGUCGUCGGCCGACAGACCCACAGGUCGAGGAGCCGCAGCCAACGCCGGCCGAAACCGCGGUCAAAGAGCCGCAGACAACGCCGACCGAGACCGCGGUCAAAGGCCGCAGGCAACGCAGGCCGACAUCGCGGAAGAUAACGCGGCCGCUGAGGCACGACGCCUCGCGGAAUGGCACCGGCGGUUCGCGCUGGCCGCGGCGGCGGUGGAGCGGAGACAACGGCGUGUAUGGGAGGACGCCUUGACGCUGGAAAAGAGGCUGAAGGCCACGCAGGAGGCUGAAAAGGCGGCGCAAGAAGCGGAGGCGGAGCGCCACGAGCGAGACGUCGCGCACCAAUGGCGGUACCCCAGAACCACCACCGAGCCAAAAAGCAAUGCCCGCCGCGAUAAAGAUAAGAUAGAGAAACUGUAG